CUCGGUCGUUCGCGGGUGGCUUUCGUGUGAUCGAGGACCCUGGCCUGGAGUUUGUUGCAGUGGCUGGUAAUUGCAACCGUCGCCGCCGUAGUCGCGAUCGCGGUGUCAUUUGUUUGGAUUGGGUCAAGAAUUUAUGAGUGACUAGUGUGAAGAGGGUCAAGACAAGCGCAUUCUUGGACCAUGUGAUCCUGUGGUGCAGUUCGGGAAGGUUGAUUUGAAUUUGUGGGUCAAAAGUGAGUGGGCAAGUGCAGAACGGCUUUCAUUCAUGAUUUUCUUCUUGAAGAAGGAAAUAAUAUAGAAGUGAAAAUUUGUCGUUAGUAAUCGUAUCAACUCAUGUUUAACGUUGCAACAAAUCAGUUUGAGUGGAUUUUUGAAAUCGAAAACGUUGGCGUACAAUGGAAUUCUGUGACCCGACUCGGUGACUGAUUUUUGAAAGGGGACAGGAUACUGCAGAAGGUCAAUCUGACCAACUCAACCUAGCGCAACAAGGAAAUGUGAAACCACACAGUGCUCAACCUUUGCUGCAAAACAAAACUCUUCCUGCACUGCCAACUGUCCCAUUACUUGCACUUAAAAGAAUCUGACUUGGAGCACGCGCGCGGAUCCAAUCGAUUGUGAGACUUGUUUCCCUUGUACAGCUCCAAUUAACAUGCGCGUUCCAUUUCCCACAUGGAAAUCAAGUAACAAUUCUGCCAAUCCCGCCAUCGUUAUCUCAAAACUAUCGUUUGAAGGAGACAGAAAAAAAAUGCAUUAACGUGUUCGCCCUAACUAUUGAUCCAUGAAGAGGUAGUGCUCCAUUGCCAGCCGUCAAACGAUUCGCUGGAAAAUCGUGCCCAAGAGCUUUGCUCGAGAAGAGUCUCACUCAACCAGCUCGUUGCCGUCUUGAACCAGCAACGUGAUCGAAAGUGAAAACAAAUAUACAUAACAUACCGUCACCUUAAUGCCUCUUAUUUGGUUGAUCGUUGGAGGAAUUGCUCGAUUAGAAACGACUUGUGUCCGCCUCGAUGGCUCAUUUCGGCUUAACUGUUGUGGCGUGGUUUUGUCGAGCCUAAGUGGUAUGAGAAGAGAGUGUUGCCCGAUAAUGUGAUUUUGGUCAGUUAACCGAUGUGUGAUGAUCUUAUUGAUGGAAAGUUCAAAAUAAAUCGUAAAUUUUAGUUUCAUGCCUGGUAAUCUUCGGUCGUAGUCUAAAUGGUAGUGAUCCACUUUGAUCCAGGCGACGACGAAGACGCAAAGGUCGGAUUGUGUAAACGUUCGACAGUGAUGAUUGAGUUUGAGCUCGGAAGUCGACUGUAGUGCUUGAAAGUGACAGUGAAUCAUUCGGAAUGCCAUUGCUCGUGUCAAUGGCCGGAUUAGUUUUGGGAAGCAUUUGAAGAGAAAAGUGUCUGUCUGAAGAAGCGCCAUGGAAGCGGACGUCCUGAAUGCGUUGAACACGCAAACGGCGUAUAUUCCCGGUGGGAGGGACCACGAUGGACAUCCCCUGAUUGUGAUUCCGGUGCCAUUCUACGACAAUCUUCCGUGGAUGAAGGGAUUUCUUGAGAAGACCGUCAACUACAUUUUGUCGUCGCUGAGCUCGGAUACCAUCGCUAAUGGCUUCGCGGUUAUCCUGGACGCCCAGAAAUGCUCUUGGCGGUCGACUCGCCAAUACAUCCGACAUGUGCAGACACUUUUUGGAUCCAACUUGGAUAGCUUUCUCGUUAUCCGACCGGAUGCGUUCUGGGAGAAGAAUCGUGUCGAGAACUGCACCCGCCAACAUCGCCCAGGAGAGCCUGCGGUAAUAUCAAAAUCGCGCCUUGUCAAAUACUUCGAAAUGAGCGAGCUGCCCGAUGAACUUGGUGGCACAUCGGCGUAUAAUCACGACCAGUGGAUACAGAAUAGAUUGCGCAUCGAGGAAUUCCGAAAAUCCUACGAUAAAGCGAUCGCUGACCUAGAAAACCUGCACCGGCUGCUGCUGGACAACCGGACUGUGCGGGCCAGCGAGUCGGAACCGGCGCUCAAGUCCUGUCGGCAGUUGUACCAAGACGUGCAGAAAACGUUGCUCCACGUCAUGGACGGUGGCAACAAACUUAUAUCCCACAUCGGAGACCUACAAAGUACAAAACCACUUCUAUCUCAAGAUCUGCUGGACAGUCGUGAACUAUUGCAGCACAUGUUGAACACUAUCGACAAGAAGCAGUCCACCAUCAACGUUGCCCUUCUAGACCUGGAACGGAACGUUGAGGAGCUCCGAGAGCUGGCAACCCUGGAGGAAGGCGUAUCCUACGUGACCAACUGGAUCCUAACCACGGCCGAGUUGAUGCUCAACGCCCAGCUCAAGGUGGGCUACGACGUCACAACCGCCGACAAGCACCGGCUGGAGCACGAAAUCCUCGAGCUGCAGUGCUGGAAGACGUACGGUUUCUACGCGGAACUGAUCUACAAAAUUGACAACAUUCCAAAGAUGAAGGACUCGGCCCCGUACAAGGACCUGAUGUCGCAGCGCGAGUGGAUGGACUUUGUGUGUCGAAGUUUUGCGCAGAGAUUGGAAAGGCGGCGAAAUGUGCUGAUUACUUCGGUGCGGUUCUACCGAUUGGUGGCGGAGUAUUUCGAUCGUACCAGCGAGGUAUUUCAGUCACUUAUCAUGGGCGAUAAGGUGGAGGAUUUCGACUUGGCCAAUACAAAGCUGCUAAAGCUGAAGGACAGUCAACACACAUUGGACACAGUCGAAAAGGAGAUCAUCAAGGAAGGUGAAAAGCUGAGCGAUAUCCUCUCGAUGCCGGUCAAAGAUGCCGUCGGGCGCGAAGUUGAAGUAGAUUACAGCGAAGAUAUCGCCAAUGUGCGGGACAUCCUCGAUGCAACCAUCUCCCGGUCGAGGAUUUUCGUAGAAAGCGUAGAACUGCAACGGCUGACACUGGACCAGAUCACCCACAUCUACAAGUACGAAUCGGACGCGGAAACGGCCCUUCAGUGGAUGGACGAUUUGUACAAAGUGAUGAUUCGAUCGCACACGCACGUGGGAACCAACGUGUACGAGAUACAGGCGCAAAAGGACGAACACCAAACGUUCCAAGAGACGGCCAAGGGCACCUACAACUACGGGUGUCAACUGCUGAAUGCAUCGCUGGCGCUGAGGCAGUCAUGCAAACUGGAGACCGAUCGGAACAUCGAUAUGACAAAGAACCUGCAGACGACGUGGAAGCAGUUUCAGGCCGUUAGUCAAGAGCAGAUGACGCGAUUGAGGGUUUCCGCCGUGUUUCACCGAAGCGUCGAAGAGCACUGCGGCAAGUUGUACGAACUGAGGGAGAACGUACUGACGAUCGGGGAGAUAGAGGAACCCAGUCGGAGGAAAGUGAGACUGAGAAAAUGUCUGACCAGCAGGGAGCGGCUGCUGGUGGAAGUGGGCCGGAUGGUACGACUGGGGAGACUGCUAAAAACGAGACUGAAAGAACCGUUCCUGCUGGAUGACCGGGUUGAAACCAUGGCAAGCCCAGAAAACGUAUUAGCGGAAUCGGAUAACAUAAUGGCCAGCGAAGCUAUUUCUGCCCGCCUUGCUGAGGUUUCCCGAAUCGCUGAAUCGCUGGACAGUGUCCUACGAGACGUCCAAGGGGGGUUUGACGACGUGGAUGAUGAAGUGGCGAUUGCUUCCGGGGAAAUAACUAAUCGGAAAGCCGAUGGCGGUAAUAAUAGUGAUGACUGGAGCUCCAGUGUUAAGUCCACCGAAGACGAAUCUUUCGUCACCGCCUCGGAUUGUACUUGUACUCCGCAGUCGCGAUCGUCGUCCUACCAUACGGCUUCCGAAUGCCGUGCCUCUCCUUGGUGGGGAGGAGAAUCCACCGAGCGGAGCUCCCUGGACAACGACUCCUCCGAAGAUGCCGAUCCGGAAGCUCUUCCCUCAAUCAAGCUGCUUUCCGGGGUAGUCAUAACGGCAUCCGCCGCCAGUUUAUCGUUCGAUGAGUCCGAGCACAGUUUUUUGUCUCCGACGUCCAACAGUGAACAAGCGGAUUCGGACGAUCCUCACCAAUCUCCUACGGGACGAAACCAGUCUUCCCCGGAGAUCACCUCCGGAUCAAGCUCCGCACUGAACUCGAUCAAUCGACGGGAGAACUUAGCUUUGGCGUUAACUCCGGAAGAACUGGAGCAGAUCGAGAACGACAUCCGGAACAACAAUACCGUCCAUCUGGUGGCGGUAGCGGAGAGUACCCCGAAGGCGACAUCCAAACAGCACCACAGUUCUCCGACGGCCAGCGAAGACAGCGGUAACGUAAGUACGAUCAGUGCCAAAUUCGAUGCAGUGCUUGAGCUGGACAGUGCUGCGCUUAAGGCCGGCAAUCAGGAAAUUGCCGGAUUGACGUACUACUAUCAAAAUAUCAUUUCAAAGCAUACGGUCAAAAGCUGUCUGUGAGCUAGUGUGUCUAGGCGUUGCGUCGCCAGUGUUUCAUAGUGCGGUAGAAUGUAUUACAGUGAAUAGCUAAAAGUAUGUGAAAUGCGUCUGUGCCGGCAUGUGGCAAGAAUCUCAACAAAUACAUUUGUGUUCUCAGUAAGUAGGUUUUACAUUCGUCUCAUAACUUAUUAGUGUGACAUUCCAAUCUUUUUAGUUUUCUUAUUCUGUACUAACUUGCACGAAGAGUUUAAAGUUGCUUCAACUAGUGCCCUAGUUAUUUAAAACUGUCUAGGAAGUAAGUUUUAUUUCAAAUAAAAUCUGUUUUUGUUGA